AUGGUAAAAUCCAAUAAAAUCCAGAGUAUAUCCUAUACUUUGGAAGAAUUGCGUCCUAUUCGAACAUCUGUUGAUCAAUGUCGUGUUCAUCUGAGCGACUUCAUCGAAAAAUAUAAAUCAGUCGAUUUAUUAGAACUUGAAAUGCGUCUACUAAGUCGUUGUGUAUAUAAAAAUUGGAAUGCACGCCAUGCUGAACUUGGCAUUCAAGCCAGUCGACGGGUCGUUCGUUUCUUAGAACGAUAUCUUGCAAAACGUGAACGUCAGCUGGAACAAAUUCUCAGCGAAUUCAAGCCAGAUGCUGUACACAUCUCUUUGCCAUCACGUGGAACGCUGAAUCAAUUGAUAAGCAGUCUGCAAGAAUCUUCAAUGUUACUGACGAAAGCGGAACGUUUAUCGAAAACAACUGUGGAUAGACUUCGACUCGAAUGUAGCCGAGGAAACUAUGUUCAUUAUAAUAUUUUGAUCAUGUCUCUGUGUUCAAGAAUUUACUUUUUGGUUUUGGCACUUGAUAAAACGCAACAGGAGUUUUGUACCAAUGUUAAGAGUUUAAUCAAGAUAUUCAAAAAGAAAACCAAAGAACAAUGA